AUGAGGUGCACUCGUUUUUGGCUGUGUGGCGCACUGAGCCAUAUGCCUGAGGCAAUAGGUGUGGUAAAGGACUACCAAAAGAUUGAGGCGCAGAGGAAGGAACUGGCGGAGCGCGAGGCGAAGAAGGAGUACGAGAGCUACCCGCUGCGCUACCAGCUCCUGGAGUGCCGGCCAGGAAUGCCUCUCGCUCUGACGAAGCUGAAGUAUUUACUGGCGUGCCGCCGCACACACCCCGACGCAGGUGGGGAUGCCGAGUCUUUCCUGAGGGUGAGCCUGGCAUACCAGGACGUGAUGAAGGACUACGGCGUGGAGACGGUCGACAAUAAGAUCGUCAACUUGGGGAACUUCCAGUCCGAUGAUCAUGAGGCGCAGAACUACCUGGAGGCACGGGCCAGCAUUCGCUCGUACAUCCCCAUCUCGACGCUCGAGGAUCACAUCAGACAAAUCGAGGAGAUCCAGAGUCGCCUGGGACACGAACUUUCGGAGAAGCUGACGUCAAAUAGCGAUGAGGCGAUGUGGCUGCUGGAGGACAUUGAGGACGUCAUGGAGCAAACAGGCCUCAAAACGGUCAAGCUUCGUGUGCUUGAGGACGGCAAGGUACGAGUGAGCGAUGUGCAGAUGCUCACGGAUGGCACUGAGAGACCACUGUUCCUUGCAGACGGAGAAGGGCCGCCGGAGGUGCGCAUUCCUGCUAGCACCACCGGCGCGGAGCCAGCAGGCGUAAAUAGGGCCCCAGAGUCCGCUUUUUCUGCGGACACAGCGUCAAACUCGGCAGAGGAGGGCCCUCAGUCAAGCGAGAAGACGCUGCACGAAGCAGAGGUCUCCAGAUCGGAGAUCGAUAUUUUGAAUGAGAAGAACACCCUGCAGGACAGACAAGAUGUGGCAGGCCUGGCCGCACGGACAGCGACAGAGGUCAUGCACAACACGGAGGAAGUGAAGCAAAUGAAGCUGGAGUCCUCUGUGCUAUAUGUGUUUCUCAUUUCGCUGAUGACGCUCGUUUACAUCUACAUUGAGGGGGCGAUGCGGGCAAAACGUCAGGCGAGCUCACGCCCGGAGACUAUGGAACACGUCACGAGCGACACGAUGCUUCCGUGGUGGGGCAACGACGCCGAGUAUGAGAGCCAGGUCAAGCGCAUUUUCGUGGACGAGUGGAGAAAAGCGCGUGCGUCGUCGCGCAGGGCGCAGACGUUUCAGGAUGGCGUUGCUCGCGAGUCCCUGGACGAGGCGACUAAGCGCGAGAUGGAUUUGAAGAUCUUCACCGUCACUGCAGAAAAACUGCGCGCCAUGCGUGACAAUGCAGAAAAGCACCACGGCCGCUAG